AUGCCUCCUCCACCACCGCCUCCUCCUCCUCCGCCGCCUGGUGCCAUGGGUGGUCCUCCUCCGCCUCCUCCACCUCCUCCAGGAGGUCUUCCUGCCCGUCCGCCUGCUGGGGCAGGCAACAGAGGCGCACUUCUAUCAGAUAUCCACAAAGGCAAAGCUCUCAAAAAAGCUGUUACCAAUGACCGUUCAGCGCCUCAAGUUGGAAAUACAUCAAAUUCGUCGGCAGCUCUGCCUGUUGGCGGCGCACCUCCUGUCCCCGGCCUGGGUGGUGCUCCUAAGCCCCCAGGAGGUCUGGCACCACCGGUCCCAGGAGGACGAGCGAGGAGUAAUAGUGAUCAAGGAUCUCGCGAUUCGACGGCAGGCAUGGAUGCCGCGCCGCAGCUGGGUGGUCUUUUCGCUGGUGGAAUGCCCAAAUUGAAAAAGAGCAGGGGAGGCAUUGACACAGGCGCAAAUGCUGAUUCUUCAUAUCGAUCGGAUCCUGAAUCUACUACCUCAGCACCCAAACCUCCAGUCGGCUCCGCACCAAGGCCUCCUUCAGCAGUUGCGCCAGCAAUCCCUGGGCGAGGACCUCCAGUACCGCCUCCGGGAGGAGCAGCAAACUUGAGAAAGACCACACCAGUGGGAUCCAAGCCUCCCCCUCCUCCUAUUGGAAAGAAGCCACCUCCCCUGCCGACGUCAAGAAAGCCGUCGUCAAUGUCUCUGCCACCAUCCGCGCCCUCGCCAUCUUCAGCGCCUCCUGCUCCACCACCACCUCCGCCUCCUCCAUCAAACAGUGCAUCCGCUCCUGCCGCUCCUCCUCCUCCUCCGCCUUCAGCGGCACCUCCUCUGCCGAGUCAAUCACCAGCUUCACGAUCUUCAGUGCCGCCUCCUCCACCCCCUCCGCCUGCAGCAUCACAUUCGACACCAUCACUCGCUGCAGUAGCUGCCAUUCGCGCCGCUGGUCAAGCAUCUCCAAGCGCGGCGCCUCCUCCUCCUCCUCCACCCCCACCUUCUGGAUCAGUACCAGCACCUCCAAGCGCACCUUCGCCACCGCCACCAACGACACGCUCUCGAGGUUCAUCCCUUCGUCAGUCCAUGUUGGAUCCAAGUAUGUUCACCUUGACAGCCAAUGGAGCAAAAUCCCCAAGCCCGAAGCACUCACCAGCGCAAACGCCCGGUAUUAGUGGUGGGGUUCGUAUUGUGAUCAACGACUCUAGGUGGCAGUUCAAGGAUGAAGGGCAGGAAGAGGCAGCAGUGUACCGCUGGAUUUGA